AAACAAGGCAAGUGGUGCGCCCUGCACGUGAAGGUGGCCUGGGAGAUCUACCACCGACAGCAGAAGCUACAGUCGCACCGAGACGGUGAGGGGGGCGGAGCUAGCGGAGGGGGGCUGGGCAAGGGGGCGGGGCCUGAGGCCAAGCCCCUGGAGCCCCUGUUGAGGCCGCCCUCCCACCUGCUGCCCGGACACGCUCCCGGGGGCGGGCCCAGCAUGCCCCCGGGGUCAAGGCCACCGGACAUCGGCGCUCCUGCCCCCUCCAGUCUGCUCAGCUCGGCCCGAGACCUUCCCCGUACCCGCCCCCCUCACUGCUCAACCCUUUGGGAUUCAGCGGAUUAGGCAGCAGUAUGUUCGCCCCUGUCAGGGACAUAGCCCCGCCCCACGCCCUGCACCCCGGCCUAAGCCCCUCCCCUCACGAGUGGAACCGCCUCCACCGGACGCCCUCCUCCUUCCCCUCCUGGCCAAAGUCGGAGGCGGAGCGAGAGAAAGAGAGAGAGAAGGAGAGGGAGCGAGAGCUAAGGAAAGAGGAGGAGAGAGAAAGAGAGCGGAGGUCGUCCGUGAACCAUCGUCUGGCUGGGCUAGAGGACUCGCGUCACAAAGAUGGCGGCGAGUCGUCUCGGCCAAAGUCAAGGUCGCGGUCAAGGUCGCCGCUGCGUAACGGUCGCUUGGAUGGUCACGUGAAGCCGGAGCUGGGCGGCCACUACGAGCGGCGGUACGAGGACAAACCCCUGUCGUUGUCUGCCGGGGGACUCAAGCUGAAGGAGGAGGAGCUCCCGCCAGCCGCCCCCAUCAUCCCACCUCACAUCCUCGAGAGAGAGAAGAUGGAGAGGGAAAGGAUGGAUAGAGAGAGGCUCGAGAGAGACCGGUUAGAGCGAGAGCGGUUGGAGAGAGAUCGAAUGGAGAGAGACAGAUUAGAGCGUGACAGACUGGAGAAGGAGAAGUUGUUGCAGAGCGUGGUGGUAGCGGAGCGGGCGGAAAGAGAAAAACUCAUACAGGCGGAGGAGCAGAGGCAUAAACUGCUACAGUCGGGCGGCUACAUCGGACUCAGCCCCUUCGGGCCGGGGGUUCCCGGAGCCCCGGGCCUCAGCAUGCUGGACAGGCGAGUAGGGGGCCUCAUGGGGGCACCUGGCGCCUCCUACCCUUUUCUGGAGCGGCCUCCCGUACCUACGUCCAUGUGGAGCCCCUUCGACAAGUCGGCCGCUGAGCUGAGCCAGAGACUUGAGCUGGAGCGAGAACGCGCGGCCGUCAUGUCUCGCCUGGCCGCAGUACCCUCCCACCUGGCCGCCCUGGAGCAGGAGCGGGUAAAGGAACAUAUGGCGCGCGAGCAGCACGAGCGAGACCUGGAGCUGCGGCGACAGUACCUGGACCGGCUCCCGGCCUUCACCGCUGACCGACUGCGCAUGGCGGACCCGCUGGCCCUGGGCGGCUACUUCCCGCGCACACUCAGCCCCAUGUUUGGCCACGGGGGCGUGCCGGGGAUCAAGAGCAACUCCCCUGGGGGAGGUCUCCCCGGUGCCCCGCCCCCGCUCAUCCCCUCCUCCAGCUCCACCGCCCCCGCCCCCACCCUCCUUUCCUCCUCCUCCUCAGCCCGGAGUCACGAUAACUCACCCUCCUCCUCGAGUAAGGUCAAAGGUUGUAGUCCUCCCGACAGCACCAGCGACCUCAAGGACAAGCGGGAGGGCAGCAGCACAGACCCGGAUACACACUCGAGAUAGUACAUGGCGCUGACACAGUGUGAGACACACCGACUCAUUGACACACCGUGACACACAGACCUGGACAUUGUCUCCAGAUAGUACACGGACACAGUGACCCACAUAUUCGAGGACACAGAGGCACACGAAUAUGGGCACUCUAGACAGUGCUCAGCUCUGUCACUGACAGACAUACACACGGACACAUUGACACACCAACACAAUAGGUGUCUGUGAUGUUGCAGUUUGGCGCUGCUCUGUCACACGCAGGGGAACCAAGUUCCAUUUCUGAAAAGGGAGAGAAAUGUUUAUCUAGUAUCUCUCUACCUUUCUGCUGGGAUGCUGUUUCCCUCACACCCCGGGUUGGUCCCAACAAGCAGGGUCGGAAGCCCGUCUGCCUCCUGAAUGAUCGAAAUUGUGUGGAUGGGGGC